CUUUACAUUCUGGCAUUUUACGAUGUUUGCAUUGCAUCGCGUCGCAUGCAUUUUCUUCCGGUAUUGAUGUCACGAACACGAGUACCCUUUUCUUUUCGCUUAGCCUGCGCGCAGUUGUCUUUUCUCACAUGGUUGCAUAUCCUGUUGGCAUACGAGCGCUUUUCUGCAAAAUUUAUUGGACGGUACUGGCGCUGAACGCUGGUGCGCGCACCCUGAUGGUCGCUGCGUGUUUCUUGUGGAUAGGAUACCACAGUGAAGGGCGCCGCUUGAGGCGUGUGUAUAAUAUUGCAACAAUGCAGAACGCUUAUUCGCGACUUCAAUCUUCCGAUGCUUUCAGCGACAUGCGACUCGACCAGCCUACGGACUGGAUGGAAGUACACAAUGCAUUACUGGAGACUAAUUUGCACAGCGCCGACCACUUCCAAGCUACCCACCACCUAGUUGACACUCCCUCUCCGAAAGAUACUUCAGACACACACUUCGUCAAGCAACGGUCAAUGGACAGCAACAGUUGCAGGCGAGUGCACAGCAGAGACUUCCCUGCUAGGAGUCACCUUACUUUGUUCACACCAUGUCUGCGUCAUGCUUCUAAUAUGCAACCGCUACCUCGACUCCGGCGUCAACGCAACGCUAUCGCGAACGCUCGCUCAGAUGGACCCGAGGCCUCACCGAUGAAGACGAACACAAAGGCCAUGGACGAUGAGAAUUCUCCCUCUGCAAUGUCCUGGGAAGCAACCCGCCGAGCGUCCCGCGAUCCUACAGGAUUCAUCUCCUGGCAGAUGGCGAGACACGGCUGGUCGCCGAAAGAAGAUCACACCGCGGACUGACGGGUCCUUCUUCUUCUUCGAGCCGGAUCUGCUUGCAGACUUUCAGUUGUUCGAUCGGUUGGCCAGGAGGGUGGGUGCCGAGGCGACCACGGAGAGGUGUGUGAAGUGGCAUGUGGUAU